AGCUCAUGCACAUGCGCAAGAUGGCUGACAAUAUAGUUUUUUCGUCGGGGUCUCUGGGUUGGGAUUCAAAUAAACUCGAAUGGUUAAACCCAUCUAAGAAAUUUGAAUUAUCAAAUACAUUGUGUAUCUGGCCGGAUGCAGGUCCAGAUCUCUGGAGGAGAACUUUUUAUACACCUAAUGGCCCAGGAACUGAGUUAGUUAAAGAUAACGCUGCAGGGUUAUGCUUUACUAGCAAAGACGAUAUGUUGAUUGUUGAGACCAAAUUUAAAGUUGAUGCUGUCAACCAAUUCGAUCAAGGAGGAAUAUAUAUUCGUUUUGAUCAUGAACAUUGGUUAAAAACAGGGCUAGAAUAUGUUGAUGGGCAGCAUAGGGUAAGCUGUGUUGUCACCAAUGAAUUUAGCGAUUGGUCAACACAACCAUGGACCUCAGGGGAAUUAAAAAUUAGAGUUUUCAGACAAAAGAAUAGCUAUGUUGUUGAAUAUCACAACGGAUCAGAAUGGGCAUUUUUCAGAAUAGCUCAUAUUAAAAGUGGCUCACUUGAAGCAAAGGCAAGCUUUAACUUAUAUGAAAGAAUUGUUUUAGUUUACUUUUAA